AUGUCUAAAAAAAUGAGACUAAAUCAAAUCUGUAGUCUUACUGGCGAUUAACUUAACCAUCUACUCUCUUCGCCUGCAGAAGAAAAAACUAGAAAAACCUUGAAAAAAGUCACUUUCGAUAAUUAUGCACUUUAUCUAUAAUUUCGAGCCUCUGACUGUCCAAAUCAAGUUAAUUCAACUCUCCAAUAACAUCAUUUCAAAAGAUCAAAUUCGGCCAAUACAUAAUUCUGA